AUGCGGUUGGCGUGGUACGCAGGGUGCUCGACGGCCCUGGCGGCCUCGGUCGUCGUUUCGGCGUUCCAUCAACGAGCCAACUUCUACUCUGCCGUCGUCCAUCUGGGCCAGAACAGCCUCUCUCUCGUGGUCCUCGCGAACCUAAUCCUCGUCCUCUAUGGUGCCUUGAUGUACGGCCUCCAGCGCCUCUGCUUCGGCCCCCUCCGCCCCGUCGAGAUCGAGCAACUGUACGAACGCGCUUGGUUCGCCGUCACCGAGACGUGCUUGGCCAUGACCAUCUUCCGCGAAGAAGUCGGUCCCUUCUUCCUGUUCAUGUUCACGGCGCUGGUCACGGGCAAGGUAUGGGGCUGGAUCGGCGAAGGCCGCGUCGAGAUCUUUGAGCAGCAACCGCCCGCCAACCCACGCCUGUUCCAUACCCGCCUAUCCGUCUCGCUGCUCCUGAGCGUGGCGUACAACGUCUGGAUGCUCAAGUACUGCGUCAAUACGGUGGUCCAGCAGGCACGUCCUACUAUGAUGGUUAUGUUCCUCUUCGAGUUCGCGGUACAGACGGUGACUUCCAGCCAGACGGGCAUCAGGUAUCUGUUCUCCAUGUGGGAGCAGCAUAUUACGAGGGUGCAGACGAGGAACGGGUUGGAGCAGAGGAAGCGCCAGAUUAGAGAGCGCAGGGCGGAGAUUCUGAGGCGUAGAGAACAGGGCGAUGCAGAGGCGGAGAAUGAGGAGCUGCCCAGCGAGGGCGAUGUGGAAGAGAUGGACAUUGAGGUUCCUGGCUGGGAUGCCAAGGGGCUGUAUAUCUUGUCGUUGGAUUUGGUUUCUGACUUCCUCAAGCUCUGCAUCUACACGGCAUUCUUCUGUGUUCUUAUGACGUUCUACGGAUUGCCCAUCCACAUUAUCAGGGACUGGUUCAUGACGACCAGAUCCUUCAUCAAGCGACUAAACGCCCUACUGCGCUACCGCCAGGCUCUUCGGGACAUGGAUCAGUAUGCCGACGCUACCGAGCAAGAUCUCGGACAAGACGACACCUGCAUUAUUUGCAGAGAAGAAAUGCGCCCUUGGAACCCCCAGGACCCGAUCCGUCUCGAGCGUACCCGUGCCAAGAAGCUGCCCUGUGGCCAUAUUCUACACCAAGGAUGUCUCAAGAGCUGGCUGGAACGCCAGCAAGUGUGUCCGACCUGCCGACGCCCCGUCUCUAGGGAAGGCCAGCAGCCGAAUCAAAAUGCGCCGGGAGGGGGCUUUAACGGGCUCAACCUUCCCGCCGCACAGAACCAACAACCUCAACCGAUUAACGGUCAAGCGCCCGCCAACCAAGCUCCUAAUGGUCUGCUGCCGGGCAACCAAGGGAACAACCAGAAUAAUGGUGGUGUUAGGAUGUUUAACUUGGGUCCUAUCAGAUUAGGCUUCGCACAAGGCCAGGAUAUCCAGGAGAUGGCCAGAAGAAUGGGAACGAUAGCGCCGGAGGCGAAUCCCAGUCCCUUGGGAGGAUUGGCCGGAGGUUGGAGCUUCAAUAAUGUCCCGUCCUCUCCACAGCCGGAAGCAUCCCAACCUGGGCCCAGUACCAAGAGAGAAGGAGAGGAGCAAGAGGAGGUUGAGUCUGACGGUCGUUUAUCUAUCGACGCUAGUGAAAGUCAUAGACCAAGGCCAAGACCCGCUCCCGCUGCGGUUGAGGAUGCUGAGGAUGAGGAAGCUGCUGCUGGAAGGAGCUGA